AUGAAAUUAAGAGAUCGUGUGUCUGACCGCGAUGAUGUGGAGGAAGAGGAGCUGGUCAAGCGACAAAGAACACUGUCGGCCACUCAGUUGCAAGUAAAGGAUCUCUAUCAACCCAAUCCUUACCAACCUCUGCAACUCGAAGCACGAAAAGCACCAACUAUCCCAGCUGACAUUCGACGCGCUUGCAAGAAAAUCCUGAAGCAAAUCAACGAGAACAAAGGUGGCACCAACCGCACAACCGACAUCUCCUUCAAACCGUUCAUUGACUCCUAUGACUUCAGCAGCCAGCAUGGCCUCACUCGACAGAUUUCAACCAGAACAUUCCGCACAGCAAGCAUCGAGGCUCACACCUCCAGCAUCGCCAGGUCCAACUGGAAUUUCUUCUGGUCUCUGUCCCUGAACCUUGUCCACCGUAAUGUCAUCUAUCGCUUCCUCACCCACACCAUCCCGACCAAACGCCUGCUACACUACUUUGAGGUAGCUGAGUCACCUCUCUGCCCGAUCUGUGGUAACGAAGAAAAUGCUGUACACUUGCUUUUCCUCUGUUCCAGUAAGGUAUCCAUCUGGAAAGCUAUCAUCUUUGAAUUCUUGUGGCCAACCGUUUCGAUUGGUGAUAUUAUCCAAGCCUGUUCCUCUCUUGACUUUGAAAACAUCAAAUAUGUUUCCAAAUCGUACACCACUGCUCACAUGGUCGUACUGGUAACACUUGGCAACAUUUGGCGAGCUCAAGUUCGUAUGAUCUUUCACUCGACUCCAUUUACAUGGAUCGAGGUGGUCCAGCAGAUCAAGAACGAGCUCCUUCAACUACAUGCCCAAACUGAAAUUCACAAACAAUUGUAA